GGAGCAGACCGGACUUGUGCAUGACAUCAUCUUAAUUAAGAGCUUCCCUCCCCUUAAAUAAGAUCCCUCGCAAAAUGUUGUUAGCGGUGUGAGUCAAAACAGCAAGUGCCAGGCAGUAUUCCUGAAAGGCAGCGGGCGCAGCGUCUCCACUCCGAGACCCUUUGAAGGUUUUGAGCGGGGAAACUCAAAGGGACAAAACAACGAUGUCCUUAUAGGUGGACUCCUAAACCAUCAACUUUACUUCACAUGACUUCAAGCUUUCUAAAGACUUCCAAGAUGGUGUCAUCAAAUUCCACAACCUUGGCUGAAACUGGGAUCAACAACACAGAUUCAACUUCAUGCUUUUUCUCUGCUACUAUGUGGGAAUGGAUACAGAUGAUUGGGCCCAUCUAUAUCUCCAUAGUCUGUUUCUUAGGUUUUGUGGGAAACGCUUUAGUACUUUGUGUCUUCUGCUUUCACAAAAAGCACUGCACUAUUGCCGAAAUCUACCUUGCAAAUCUUGCUACUGCUGAUCUAGUGAUGGUGAGUUGCUUGCCAUUCUGGGCCGUGAAUGUGGCAAAUGAUCUUGCGUGGCCAUUUGGAGACCCCCUCUGCAAGAUUAUUGGCGCUGGCACAUCCAUGAAUAUGUAUUGCAGCAUCUAUUUCUUAGUCGCCGUAAGUGUUGAUCGCUAUUUAGCCUUAGUGAAAGCGCUAUCAGAGGGAAGAAGCAGAAGCACUUCAUUGGCCAAAGUGACUUGUGCAGUUAUCUGGGUGUUUGGGCUCAUAAUGAGCAUUCCUAAGCUUCUUAAAAAGGUGGAAUAUUUCCCUACACAUAAUGUCUCCUUCUGCUACCUAAACUAUACCCACACUUGGCAGCAUCUUCUUAACAACAACGUGCUAACGAUUGUCGGAUUCCUCAUCCCUUUUCUUUGCAUCUUAUACUGUACCUACGAGAUCAUUAAAGUGCUAAGGAACAAUUCAAUGGAAACUUUUAGAGUUAAAAAAACGGAGAGAAAGGCAACUCACUUGAUCCUAGCUGUGCUAUUAGUGUUUUUUAUUUGCUGGAUUCCAUUUCAUGUUGUGACAUUUAUCGAUACCUUGCUUGUAGCAAACAUUGUUGGAGGAUGUGCCUUGAAGGACCUGAAUGAAUUCUUAAGUCAAUGCCUGGCUUAUUUCGCUUAUACCAACAGCUGCCUGAAUCCAAUUUUGUACGUAAUCGUCGGCAAAAGUUUUCGAAAGAAAGCCAUGGGGUUAUUUCAACAACUACAUAACCGAUUGGACAAAGCAAACAUGUCAGUAAGAUCAUACAUGUCCUCUACAAACCAACGGAACACAUUAUCAAUCUAUGAUAAGGACUCCUCUGUAUAAGGGGUGCCACACCUUGAAGACUUCUCUAACCACAUUAGGGUGGUGUGGAAUGGUGGCUUACUUAGAGGACAAUCAAAAGUGGCAUAGCUGGUGGAAGUUCUUUCUAGCUUGAAGCCACAGAGCUUAAGCAUGGCUGCAGACUGGCUGGCCACUGGCGAGGAAGAACAGAGGUGGAGAAAAGAAACUGGGAUUACUCGAUCACAACCAUAAUCUGUAGCCAGACAUAAUAUUCAUCUGAGAUGUCUAGUCCAGAAACAUUGGAGUUGAGAACAACAUUUGAAUUCCACUGGCUGAUUCCUUUGAAAACAAUAUGAACAGAAUAAAAUUUCUUGUGGACAUACUUAUGAAAAAACAAAAUGAGUUAGUCAAAGUGAAAAUAACAGCUCUUGGGUGGCAAAAUGAAGGUAAUCUUAUGACAGCAGCACUAAGCAGUAAUGUAUUACAGAGACAAUUUAUUGAACAUAAAGACAAGUGGAUCCUCUAAGCUGUAAAAGGCAUCAAAUGAAACUGUUCUGUUUGGAUACCUACAGUAUGAACUAUAUCAUUCUUGUUUGAAGCUAAAUCAUAUUUUAUAUAACAGUGUGCAGUAAAUGACAGUAGAAUUAUA